GCUCGCGUGGAGUCUGCGGUUGUACGGACGGGGGUUUGGGGGUUUUGACUAAGAAAUGGAGUCAGCGGUAGGAGUUAGGGAUUGGGGACCGGAGAACCCCUAAUUUAGGACUCUGAUUGCAGCCUUGGAGAUGGAGCGGUGAGUGUUUUGAUUGGAAUUGUGGAGGUUUUGUAGAAUCGGAGUGUUUUUGGGGGCUUUUGCGUUUGAUAUGGAGCCGAAGGAGCUGAAUUUGAACAGGGACUUUGAAACUGGUAGCAGUGGCGGCGGGGGUGGAGGUUGUGGUGGCGGUGGUGGUGGUGCUGAUGGGUUCAUCGACAGGAGCAGAGUGAGGAUUUUACUGUGCGAUAACAACCAGUCCAGUUCGGAAGAGGUUUUCACGCUUCUUGUGAAAUGUUCUUACCAGGUUAUUUCCGUGAAGUCUCCUCGACAGGUGAUUGAUGCAUUGAAUGCAGAGGGACCUGAUAUCGAUCUUAUACUUGCCGAAGUUGACCUUCCAAUGCGCAAAGGCAUGAAAUUGUUGAAGUACAUCACACGGGACAGAGAGUUACGGCGCAUUCCUGUAAUCAUGAUGUCGGCACAAGAUGAGGUCUCUACUGUUGUUAAGUGCUUGAAGCUUGGAGCAGCAGACUAUCUUGUGAAGCCUUUACGAACUAAUGAACUUCUGAACUUGUGGACACACAUGUGGAGAAGAAGGCGCAUGCUUGGGCUGGCAGAGAAGAACCUUAUAAAUUAUGUUGAUCUGGUGAUAUCAGACCCGAGCGGAUCCAAUACAAACAGUACUACUUUAUUCUCGGAUGACACAGAUGAUAAAUCUGGCAAUCCAGAGACAGGAACCUCAGCUCCUGAGGAAGAUAAGUCUGAUGCUGUUGCUGCUGCGAUGGAGCUUCCAGUAAAUAUAUCAGAAUUUCGGCCUGAUGUUCCAGGAAUAAGUGACCGCCAAACUGGAAAGUUUUUAUCUGCCCCAAGAAAGAGCGAACUAAAGAUUGGCAUUGGCGAGUCAUCUGCCUUCUUUACCUAUGUCAAAUCAAGCAAACUUAAAAUCAACUCCCAGAUGGUUGCCGAUGUUGAAGACAUUGCCACUGAACAUUUGAGGAUAGAAGAGAAACAUCAAGAAUGUGUUUCCCACCAAGUGGUUGAUGAUGAUCCCCAAGUACAUGGAAAUGGAGAGGCGUGGGAAAGCAACUCACAGGGAGAUGACUUGCCAAGUGGUAAUAGUAUCCCAGAUUCUCUUUCGUUGGAGAGGUCUAGUACCCCGUCUGGAUCAAUGGAACUUCAACAUCAGAGAAGUUUUGAGGAAGACAGAUCCUCUCAAGUGCCUGCACAUCCAAGAAAUGAACUUCAACAUGAUUUUUCUGGCUUACCUGCCCAAGCCACCUAUCAAUAUUAUAUGCCGGGGGCUGUCAAUCAAGUUAUGAUGUCAUCGUCACCCCAAGUUUAUCAAAAUAAUCUGCAAGACAUGCAAAAUCAUGCUAUGAUGCCACAAUACAAUCAUGUUCCACACUGCCCUCCACACAUGAAUGGGAUGGCUUCGUUCCCCUAUUAUAGUAUAUGCUUGCAUCCUGGUCAGCAAAUGCCGAAUGCUCAGCCGUGGCCCUCAUUUGGAAGUUCAGCUUCCACUGAAGUGAAUCUAAAUAAGGUUGACAGAAGGGAGGCAGCAUUGAUUAAAUUUAGGCAGAAAAGAAAGGAGCGGUGUUUUGAUAAAAAGAUCAGGUAUGUAAAUCGAAAGAAACUUGCCGAAAGGAGGCCUCGUGUUCGGGGACAGUUUGUGAGGAAGUUAAAUGGUGUAAAUGUGGAUCUUAACGGCGAGCCUGCAUCUGUUGAAGAUGAUGAGGAGGAUGAAAGGGAUGACGAGGAGCUUGCAUCAAGGAAUUCCUCCCCGGAAGAUGGUGCUCCUUGAUAGAAAGUUGUCAUCUCUGGUUACAUGGGAGAAUUAUCUAAUUCAUAGGAUGCGUUAAAUCCCUUUCAUUUCGAAAGUUCCUGCAUAAUGUAUACUGGGUGCAUCGUCGUAUGGGUUGAAGGCCAUUGAUUCAGGGUUCAAGCUACUGAUUCUAUUUCGGUAAAAUCAAGGAUCAGAUCAUCGUAAGGUAUCCCUGUGUCCAUCUUCCUGAGGUACAACAUAGCCCAAAAGACACCCGAUGUAGAACUAUUGAGGUCGGGAAGCUUUCGUCCAUGGUUCAUCUCCAUGUCCAAAAUCCAACGGGAAAUGGGUUCAACUUGCGAAUCUUUCUGUCAAGAAGUUUGAGAUUUUGAAUUAUGUGUCAAUGGAGAAGUUUUAAACGAUGACUUAAAAGGAGGAAUGGUGUUUUCUCUUAUUCCUAUGGAAUUUUAUGACGAUUGAGAUAUCAUACUUCUCUUCUGUUUCCUUAAUUUUUGUGAAAUUUUGAAGAUUUUUUUGUGCC